GAACCGCUGCAGAGCUUCUUACUUUAGAUCAAGAUAUACUUCUUAUCUGUGUAUAUUACCACAGAUUUAUCGACAAUAAUCAGCUGAACGACAAAAAACACAGUCUAUCAACAUAUCGCUGGAAUUUGUUUGAUUCUAUCAUUUAACAGAGCAUAAAAUGGUAUACCUAAUGUAAUUCUUGAUUCGGAUAAGUCUGUGUUGUCACCUCUACAGUGAUAGUAGGAUUUAUAGCAAAAAACCAAUCAUGAAAUCAUUAAAAAAUUUAGCUGAAGCAUGUCCUGAAGAACAGAGUAGAUUCUUCAGUUCCUUCGACCAUUUUUUAACUGAUAUGGAUGGGGUCAUAUGGAUUAAUUACAAACCCCUUCCAGGUGCAGUUGAAUUCAUUAAUAGCCUUAAGAAACAAGGUAAAAAAAUCCGAUACAUCACCAAUAACGGUUUAGCAUCAGUCGGGAGCAUAUGGAACGUUUUGAAAAAGAACAAAUUCGAUGCAGAAAUCGAUGAUCUGGCAACACCGAUCACAUCCGGCAUCGCCUAUUUAAAGCAGGAAAAUAUUAAGAAGUCUAUUUUUGCUGUGGGCACUAAAGAAUUCAAGGAGGAACUGAGGAAAGCGGGACUAAAAGUAUACCCAGAUCCACCUCAAGAGAUCGACGAAGCUAUACCAAGUUUGCUAGAACAUUUGCGAGACGAUGAGAAUGUUGGUGCAGUUUUUUUCAAUUUUGAUCCGAAUUUGACAUUCGUCAAGAUGCAAAAAAUGGCGACUUUCCUGAAGAGAGAUGACUGUCAUUACAUAACUGGCCCUGGAGACAAAUAUAUUCCUGCUGGACCUUUGGGGCCGAUUAUAGGUAAUUAUCACAAUAUUCGAUGUCUCGAUGAAAUUAGCGGCAGAAAAUCAACACCAAUAGCCAAGCCAUCGCAGUUUUUCGCAGAUUCCAUUACUGAAAGAUUUGGAAUAUCAGAUCCGAAACGAGUCCUUUUUGUUGGAGAUUCGAUACCCGAAGACAUGAAUAUGGCUGCAACUGCCGGUUUUCAAAAGCUCCUGGUUUUGACAGGACUUGCCAGUAUACAGGACGUUCGAUGCUGGCAAUACCCCGAAGAAUAUAAGCCGGAGUAUUACGUAGAAAGUUUAGAUGUACUGAAUAACAUUUUGAAAUCGUUAAAUGUACAGAGAGAGACGAGUAGUAACUAAUAAUUUCUCAUUGCAUAUAUAUAAUAUCUUUUAUUUGUAAACAAAGCGUGAUUUGAAUCAGUAUAGACAUUGACUAUGUAUAAUAUUAUUUAAAUAUAUGAAUGAUGAAAAACUUCUGAGCUGUCUAGGAAUA